AUGGUUUUUCUGACACUGUUUUUAGAGGAAGCUUCCGCUGAUCGUCACAUAGCACCAUUUCAGGUCCCAUGUCGUCACAUAGGCUACAUGACCAAGACAUUGACAAACUAUGCAGUUGAGGCUGUACGACUGAAUUCGUUCGUGGUUGGCCCACUACAAAGGAACAGACUCCAGAAAUGCGCAAAGGCGAGGAUGUUUUUUUAUGCAGGAAUUGGAGACAGCGUUAAAUGUUUCUUCUGUGAUGGUGGUCUAAGAACCUGGGAACCUGGUGAUGAUCCAUGGAGAGAACAUGCUCGUUGGUUUGCAAAAUGUCCGUAUGUCCGUCAGGUCAAGGGGCCCGAGUUCAUUGCAGCAGCAUCUAGGAACGCCAAUGCGAAUGCUGCCAGAACCCGAAAUGACAACAAGAAAAACCGAACACUUGGUUCCAAAGGUGAAAAGCAAGCAUUCAGCAAAGGAAAGGCAUGCACUGUUGACCCACGUCAUGUCAGUGCCAGAAUGGAUCGACCUAUUGUGCGCACUGUUUUAGAUAUGGGCAUCCCAAGAGAAGCUGUUCAAAAAACAAUUGAACGUCAUUUACGAGAAACGGGUGAUGAUUUUUCAUCUGCGGAGGCUCUUCUUGAAGCAGUGUUUGCUAAUCAGAACAGUGAACAAAAUGAAACAGAAGCUGUUGCAUCUGAAGCAUCUUCUUCGACUUGCAGUGGUAAAACAGAGAUGAUGGCAGAGAUAACGGCAGCAGACACAGCCGAAACAGAAAAGCUUUCACAAAUGGAAGAAGAAGAACUUGCUGACACAAAUGAAGAUACCGAGUCGUUACUGGAAGAGAACCGACAGCUGAAAGAGCAGCGUCAGUGUCGCAUAUGUAUGGAUGCUGAGGUUAAUGUAGUCUUCCUUCCCUGCGGUCACCUCGUUUGCUGUACAGCUUGUGCUCCGGCAAUGCGAAAAUGUCCAAUUUGUCGGGGCAAUAUUCGUGGCACAGUCCGCACAUUUUUAUCAUAGUUGCUUUGUGUUCCCAGGCCUAUAGUCUUUCCCACAGGGAGCGCCUUUUUCAUACUAUGGAAAUUACUACAAGUUAUUUAUUUCUGAGCCGAUUGAUUUUUAAAUUGCACACAAACUUCGUAUUUUUAUGUUAUUUCCAAAACACUUUUACUUUUUUCUUACAUGAAAACAAACUGAAAUUAUUUACAAAAACAUUUUUUGUAGGAUAUUGGGACGGACUAUAAAGGUUUUUCUCUUGGGCAGUUUGGCACAUGCGAUCUUCCAACAGGUACCUGGAUAUCUGUCAGGGCCUGUUCCGGUAUGCUAACUUUCCUUUUGGCCUGGUGUUUCUUCUUUGCCAUGUAACUGCCAUCGCUGACCUUGGGGCUGGGAGCUGGUAAAACUGCCCCUGGUGGUGUCAUAUCAGGACUAACCAGAUCAUUUACAUAUGCAUGUACAUUUUGUGGGAUUGUCUACAUACAGAGUGUUUCAUAUUAUUUGUCUUUAUUAUUCUGUACAGUUGUAUUUUCUACACUCAUCAGUAUACAAUAAAUUGGAAAGCAUAGCCUUAUGGCAGACAUAAUAAAUAUUUA